AUGGACCCCAAGGCGGGUAGCGGCGAGGAGGAUGACUGCGUGGACUCGGGCGCAGAGACCGGAGGGUCUGACUACAGCCACAUGUCCUCCACCAGCAGUGAGCUCUCCGCGGAGGAAGCGCAGGACCCUUUCUUGGUCAGCAUCCACAUAAUCGCGGACCCAGGGGAAUCGCGACCCCUGCAGGAGGCCAUCGACAAGGUCUUGGCUUGGAUCCACCCAGACCUCCAGCUGUUCAGGGUCUCUGAGAGGAGGGCGUCCCGGCGGCGGAGGAAGACCCCCAAGGUGGCGCAGCCGGCCCUGGCGGUGGUCCUCUUCCUGCAGGAGGAGUACGGCGAGGAGCAGAUCCUGCAGCUGCACCGCACGCUGCAGCGGCCGCCCUGGCGCCAUCACCACACGGAGCGCGUGCCUAGCAGGUUUCUGCCCUACCUGCCCUGCAGCCAGGAGUUCUUCACUCUGGCCCCUGGGACACCGCUGUGGGCCAUCCGGCCUGUGCACUACGGCAAGGAAAUCGUGCGCUUCACCAUCUACUGUCGCCAUGACAACUACGCCGACAUCCUCAAGUUCUACGAGCUGAUACUCAGGCGGAGCCCCAGCCAGAGGAAAACGGACUUCUGCAUCUUCCCCAUUUUCUCCAGUCUGGAUGUGGACAUCCAGUUCUCCCUGAAGAGACUUCCCUGUGACCAGACCCCGGUCCCCACUGAUUCCUCCGUGCUGGAGUUCCGAGUCAAGGACAUUGGCGAGCUGGUGCCUCUCUUGCCCAACCCCUGCAGGCCCAUCAGUGAGGGACGCUGGCAGACGGAGGACCACGAUGGGAACAAGAUCCUUCUGCAGGCACAGAGGGUACACAGGAAGUGCCCUAAACCCAGCAGAGCUCACCACGCCUCAGAGAAGAAAGCUGGGUCCACGCCUUCUCCCAGUGCCGCUGCACAGAGCCGGACCCCUGGCAGCGGCCCGCAGCCCCAGAUGGACACUUCAGACCUGGGGCUCGGCCAGACAGGCCUGCCUACCCGGCAGCCGCAGGACUUUGCCAGACCAGCCGGCAGCCCUCCCAGCCUCCCCUGGUCUUUCCAGAGAAGCAAGUCCUUGUUUUGUUUGCCCAUGGGAGACCCCUCCCCGGCCUCCUCAGCUGAACCACCGUGGUUUGCAAACAUAGACGGCCCGGGACAGAGGGCGUCGGAGCGGAGGCACAGCCGCCUCCUCUCCAUCGAUGACUUCGAGGGGGCCCAGGAGACGGACGUGGACACGGGGCUGCGGCUCUCCUCUGACCCGUCCGUGGUCUCUGCGUACUCUGCACCCAGCAGGUUCUGCAGCCCCGCGGAAACACUGCUCCCCUCCGAAAGAUGCAGCAGCCUCUGGUCAGAGCGCAGGGCUUCCAGAGAAGGACCCCUGCCCGCUGGGGGCGGCGUGACCACAGAGGCCUCCUGGGCUGCCCUCCCUCUGUUCACCAAAGGGCCUCCCAGCUCCUCGGCCACAGCUGUCACCACUUCCCCAGCUUCCGACACCUCCUGGCUCCCAGAGUCACCCCCAGAACUCCCUUACGAUGCUCCCGAUGCCCAGCAGACUGGCAGAGGCCUCCUGCCCCCCUCAGUGCUGGCCGGAGGCGCGGUCAACGACGUGGAGGAGGAAUUCUACAUCUGA